AUGAUCGUGGCUGGCGCUGGUAAUACGCUUACCGGUUACCGCCCAAAGACUCAAAGAGCCUGGUCGGGUCUCAGUCUGGUCACGCUUUCCGCCCAAGCCAGCCAGAAAAAGCGUCACCUCCUCUUCUUCCUUUUCCUCCUCUCUCCUCCCGUUGUCAUCUUAGUCGCUGUCUUCAUCCUCUCCUUGCCUCGCCUCGCCUCGCUUCCCAUUCGUCUGCUUCGAGUCGAUACUGUCGAAAUCAAAACACUCCACACUACUUACUCUGCUACCACGCCACCCAUGAAUUCACUCGUCCUCAGUCGCCAAUCGUCCACUGACCCCGGCGACUGCCACUCUAUCUGA